AUGAACAGCCCCGAUGGAACCACUCACAAGCGCAAGCGCGACGGCUCUGACAGCCUAGGCCCAGACCCUCAGCGUCUCAACCGCUCCUCCCACGGCAGUAAUGGCAGCAUGCCGGGCGAGAACCAGCCCAACUUCGGCCAUGGCUCCCUGAACUACGAGCAUAGCUCGGACCUCAACAUCGACCAGCAAAUCCUUCAGCAUGUUGGGCCCCAAAAUGGCAUGUCGGAUGACAAUGCCCUGACUGCUAAUGCCAAAGCGGCGCUGGCGGCACACACUCCGCAACACAAGUAUCCGCCUCCCCCGGAUACCCCGUUCGAUGCCAACAACCUCACCUCUUCCCUGUCGUUCGAUGAAAUGAACCAGACCCCCAUGGGUGGUGGCCACAACCACAACUCUACCGCUGCUGCGGUCUAUGCUGCCCGUGAGGCUCAGAGCAUGAACCAGAAGCCGAAUGUCGGCUCGCCCGAGUGGCACCAGAUCCGCAAGAACAACCACAAGGAAGUUGAGCGCCGACGCCGUGAGGCCAUCAAUGAAGGGAUCAACCAGAUUGCCCGUCUUGUGCCGAACUGCGACAAGAACAAGGGCGCCAUUCUGCAGCGUGCCAUCGAGUACAUCUGCCAACUGCAGGAAGAGAAGAAGAGCAUGGACGAGCGGUUCGAGCAGCACAGCCUGACAGCCAACCACGCCAUCACCGAGAUCAGCACCUCCAACUCAAAGCUCAAGGCCGAGGUCGGUCGUCGCAAUACCAUUGCCAUGAAGUGGCUGUCGCGCUGCCGCGAGGCUGGCCUGGACUUUGAUGACUACGAGGAUGCCAAGGAGCUCGAGACGCUGGAGAUGGACUAG